AUGGCGCGCCCGCGCAGAUUGACCGCCCUGGCAAUUGCCGUGGCAGUUGGCGCCCUUUUGUCGUUGAAUGCUGCCAACACUGUUAGCAGCGCAUUUGCGCAAACCGCCUCACUUCCGGCGACAGUAUUGAAUUACUUUACCUCGCUCAUCCUCGUUUUGACUCCUGGAGUCGCUGUCUCUGGUGGCGCAUACGCCCUGCUCAAGCGAAGAGAAAGUCCUCCGAAGCCCAUGUGGGUCAUCUCGGCGGCUCUCUUAACCAUGUUGGCAUUGGCCGCACCUCUUGUACUGCCAAGUGCCCGCGAUGCGCAGGACACCAUCCAGGAGGUGGAACUCCGGAGUGGAGAAGAGCGCCUGAUGCCGAACGGCCAGUUCCAGCUGGUCUCAGAUCCCAGGCCAGGCAAUGGGCCUGCGGAGGACGGCUGGCAGCAAGCUCUGUGGGUGGAAAUGGCCGAGGCCAUCCAGUCAGGAGAAGCUCAGGUUGUCAUGGUCUUCUCCCGCCCAGGAUGUCCCUGGUGCGAGAAGCUUCAUCCAGUUCUGCUUAAUGCCAUUAAGCGACGAGCAGAAGCAAUUGCCAGCGCCCCACCAGAUGCAGUUGCGGAGGGGCCAAAGCUACUCCAUUCCCCUCUGCGGGUCUUCAUCUACGACGCCACGGAGUUUGGUCCAGUGAUGCGACGCUUCGGAGUUGAAGGCUUCCCGACAAUGUACUUCUUCGGGCAGCCUGGUGCUAGGCCGACGGUUGUUCCUGGAUAUCUGAGUGAUGAAGACUUUGACAAGGUGGCCCAGGCUGCGGCAGAGGCGCCUGUGGAGCCUCCGCCGGACGAGCGCCAGCGGAAGCGACGAGGCUUCUUCCGCUGA